AUGGCCGCCAGCAGGAAAGCUCUCAUACUCGUUACAGGCCACACGAUCGAACGGCCACGGCCCACGGUCGACCAAAGCCAUGUUCUCGGAGGCAUCGACGACAAACCGAUGCUCCUCCAUCAGAUUGAGCAGCUUAGAUCACUCGUCUCCGAGAUUAUCCUAGCCGUCGAUUUCUUGGAAGAGCCAAUGAAGAAACAACUGGAAAAUCUGGAACGUGCGUUCGGGGUCAAGAUCACGAUCUGUGAGUCGAGGGACGCAUAUGGAUCGGGAGGUUGGUUGGCAGUGGCAAAGCAGAGGGGGUUGUUGGCCGUUGAUGGUGAUGGGCCAUUCUUUCUUCUAAGGAGUGACAUCAUCUGCCAUUACCCAUUGACGAAGAUGAUCACAUUCCACGAGUUCCAUAAGCGUGAGGCCACCAUGGUGAUCAAAUGGGAAGCCAGCUUAUCCGACCAAGAAGACGUUGUGAUCAUUGACGAUAAGACCGGAAUGGUCAGGGAGUUCACAGGGCACCUCGGUGAUGUUCAGUCCUUCGACCCUGAGACGGGGAUGUUCUACUGCAUCAAGGGAGACCACUACAGGACUUCCGACAGCGGUGGCUAUGUGAUCGCUGGAAUCUAUCUCUUGAAUCCAUCUGUCGUCGAUAAGGCCCAGCUAAGAUUGAUGUCUUUCGAAGAAGAGAUCCUUCCCACGCUAGCACUUGAAGGAAACCUCUAUGCCCUGCACUCGGAGGGUCUCCAUUUCAAUUUGCAAAAUAGAGGCUUCGAUGGAGCACUCAAUGCCUACAGAGGAGGAACACUGCACAUGUCUGGCAAUCCACGUUUAUGGGUAGACGAAAGAAGUUAUGUGGCACCGUCUGUGAUCAUGGAACCAAAUUGUAGAGUGGAUGAAUAUGCGAACGUUUCAAACAGCAUAUUAAUGAAUGGGGUCCAAGUCCAGCGAGGUGCAAAGGUGCAGCAAAGUAUAAUUGGGCAGCGCUCGAUCGUGGGCGAGGGGGCGAUUAUCAUAGACAUGUCAGUCAUCGGAGAAGAGGUUGAGGUGCACCGACAAUCGGAUCUGGUUGGUGCUGUGGUGCUUGGGAAUGGAAGGAAAGUUGGGUGGUUGGGGACUGAGAUCAAGCAUGCGAUCUCCAUGCCACCGGAUGUUGAUCUUGGUGCAAGCACUUCGGGUUCAAGCCCUCCGGAGAGCCCUUGA